GUUUGGGCACCAAUCGCAUAUUCUUUCCAUACAACAACAAAAUGUCCAACCCUAUCAAAGUCGUCGAUGCCGAGCCUCAGGCUCCAAAUGCUGGAAAUUCCAUCAACAAUUUGAAUCCUAAUCUUGUCUUGAACAAUGCUCUUGAUGGCUUUGCUAAUCUCAGCUCAAGACUUAACCCAUUCGCUCAAAAAUUUGGAAAGGGUCUCGGCCAAGUACGCCAAUAUGCUCAAGAGAAGCUGGGUACAGCUGAGGAUGUAACAGAGCUUCCUCAAGAAUAUAAGGAUCUUGAGAAGCGUGUGGAUGCACUCCGUAACGUGCAAAUGAACCUCCUCAAGGUGACGCGUACCCAUAGUAACCCUUCCUACGACUACCCAGUCCAGCUCCAAGAAUCUCUGAUAGGAAUUACUAGCAGUGUUACUGCCCAACUUCAGACAUUAACUGUAUCGCCUGCUGAACGUGCUGUAAUGGAUGCCAAGCACCAGUCAGAGCCCCAGCACCCAAAGACAUUGUCGCAUGCUCUUGGAAGAGUAGCUGCAGAGGGAGCAUUGGCUAUUGGCCCAGAAGAGCCACUUGGCGUAGCUUUGGACAAAUUGGCUAAUGUGUCGGAGCAGGUUGGAAACGCUCGUCUGGCUAUGGAUCAGGCCAUCGUUACAAAGUUCAAUCAGCCUACCCAGACUACUCUCAAGACAUCUAUUGAACAAGCAUUGAAGGCCAGACGCAAGGUUCAGUCUGUCCGUCUUUCUUUGGAUGCCUGCAAGGGUCGUUACAGAGCCGCACGUCCCGAGAGAUCUGAUGCUGCCCGUCUUGAGGUUGAGCAGGCUGAAGAUUUGUUUGUCGCAGCAGUUGAAGAGGCCACUAGUCUUAUGAAGGCUGCUCUUGAGAACCCCGAGCCCUUCCGUCAUCUGGCAGAUCUGGUGGCUGCUCAGGUACAAUACUUUAAGCAGGCUCAUGAUCUUUUGGCCGAAGUAGCUCCUGAGCUUGAUGAAAUCCAAGUUGCUCAAGAGUCGCUCUAUCGUAACACUCGAGAGUAAUGGAAUAAGGAAAACGGAAAAAAGGAAAGGAAUGGACGGAGGAAGAUAAUCGAACAGACAGACAGACAGACAGACAGACAGACAGACAGACAGACAGACAGACAGACAGACAUACAAACAUACAUACAUACAUACAAACAGAAUGAAUGAAUGAAUGAAUGAAUGAAUGAAUGAAUCAAAUAAUCAAAUAAUCAAAGAACCAUUGAACCAAUGAACCAAAUAUAUAUAAAUAUAUAAAUAU